AUGUCUCGAAACACUUCGGUGCCUGCCUCUCACCGCGGCUAUCGAUCCGCGCCCUCUUCUGCACAUCCCAUCUACUCGAGCAGUAGCAACAACAAUGGCAAACGCGACUUUCACCACGUCGACAUGGACUACUCCAACAGCUGCACCUACGGCGCCAUCCCCUGGUCUUCGACAAGCACGACCACCACCACAACGCCGCAACCGCAACCGCAACCUCAACAUCAUCUCGGCCACGUUCGGAUCUACGAUCCAGCCGAGUAUUGUUCCAAACUCUCGAGUGACGUCGAGCCCGGCUCAGUGCAGUUUGCUGCGAAGAAGCAGAGAGUAGAUGGGUAUGACGAGAGUCUCCAGCCGUCCUCUCACCACGCUUACGCCCCAAAUCUGUCUAUGCCGUCGACCCACGACGUCUCGCCAAGUACGAGUAUGUCGACGACCAACCUGUCGCCGUGCUCCCUCACCUCGGGUGAGGCCAUGAGCCGACAGAGUAGUGUGACCUCUGCGUCCGUCAUCGAUGCUUUCGACAUGAUGCGUGUUGAGUCUUCCUUCUCCAGUACCUCUGAUCUCUUUCGCGUUGAUGAUAUUGAUCGUUCUUUCGUAUCAUGUAUCACUGAAAAGCCACAAAGUAGUCAGCCUACUGUCGCCUUUCAAGAUGGUAGUACCUCGCAGCACUUGCUGAGCAACGUGGGCUAUGGCUUAGGUUGUACGGACUUUUCUUUUGUUGUUGGUCAAGAUUUUUGUGCUGCUGCUGCUGCUGCUGCUGCUGCUGCUACUACUACUGCUAGCGGUCAACAGGACGCUCAUGAGACUACCCUGUCGCUCGCGCAAGCGCAAGACAUGGUGCGCACGGCAUCGGAAGAGAGCAACGCCAGCGAUAUCAGCAAUCACUCGACGGACCAGAAGGCCUCGGAUCGAAGACGCAAACACAUUGAGAAUGCUCGGCAAUCCAUCAUGCCCAAGAGUAUCCCGGACGGUCCGACCUCGAGCAACACGACAAGCCCUGCCGAGACCAAGGCACGACAGAUCAAGCCGCAAGAUUUGAGCGCUCAACGCAAGGAAGCCAUCUCCAAGGCUCCGUACGUCCGGCCUCAGCACCCCAAACUCUACUGCAACAUGUGCGACGAAUUCCCCGGCGGUUUCCGCGGCGAACACGAACUUCGACGACACUGGGACCGCGCGCACGCCGAAUGCCGCAAGGUCUGGAUCUGUACGGAACCUACCACCCGCACAGAAUGGUGGCCCGCCAAACCGCUCGGAAUCUGCAAGCAAUGCAAACAGCAGAAGCAGUACAACGUGUACUACAACGCUGCAGCGCACUUGAGGCGAGCCCAUUUCUGCCCGCGAAAGCGUGGACGGAAGGCGAGAGGGGAGGAAAGGGAGUCUCGAGCUGGCAAGGCUGGAGGCGACUGGCCGCCGAUUGAGUGGCUGAAGGCCAAUGGCUGGUUGAAGGAGAUUGAAGUCUCGUCGGACCAGGUCUUCGGAGACGCCAUACAGCACGUUCCCGCGCUGCCGGCCGACGACGAGCCACACCACGACGAAUCCCCUACUACCCCUGCUUUCGAGCAAGACUGCCCCGCGACUCGCUUCGACGAUGCUCUCGCGGCCGAUACUCUCGGUCUGCAGAUGUACGCGCCCUCGACCACCGAUUUCCAUUCCGGCUACCCCACCCCCAUCGACGCCACCACCACCACCCACAACAUGCCAUGGCCCGCUGCCCCCGAUCUCUCCGCCCCACUCAUGCAGACCACCGUCUCUGCGCCCUCGGCAAUGCAACAACAGACCACGAGCAGCAGCAGCAGCAUGUGCCUCUUUCCCGGCAGUGCGUUCGUUCCUGAUGGCUGUGAAGGUUUCGUACUCUGA